AUGGGAUUUUUGAGUGGUGUGCUUGGUGCGGUGAAAAACACUCAGACAUACAAUGUGGGUAAAAAAAUAUUACAAAACUUGGUAAGUAAUGAAAUUACAAAAUAUUUGUGUUCAGGUCACGAUGGUUUCACUAAGCUUCUUCCCAUCCUGACUCAGGGGAUCGAGAGGUACAACAAGGAAGUGAGAGACUCGAAUGAGAAAGUUAAGAGGCCGAUUGAAGACUUGUUAAAUCAGGUGGGUGAUGCAUUUACGAACAAGGUAAAUGAUUUAUUGUCAGGUCCAAAUGAUCACGAAAAUGUCGACAAAGUCCAGGCGGCGGAGAAGCAGAUUAAGAACAUGUUUCGAGACGAGAUAAAAACAUUCAAUAACACGUUUAAUAACGCAUAUAAUUUCACUACUAAAAUUGAAAAAACAGACAUGAAAAUUGCAAUUCACUACUUAAAUUCCUCGUUGCAGCUUAGAGUGAAACACGGCGUCAGUAACGUGGCCCAUGAGAUUAAGCGGCUAGAGCAGGUGGCGGAUAAGGAGAGUAAGGCGCUUGAGGAGACAAAAGAGAAAAUAAGCGCUACACUUAGUACGUUGACGACAGGCGUAGAUUGUAAAAUUGAUGAGCAGAUUCAGGCGUUUGUUAGACGGGUCAAGGAGAAGGUUAACGUCAUCUUGGAGGAGCUAAACGCAAUUAAUAAGCAGCUAACUAGCCACGUAAAUGCGCUGUAUGAAUGGAUUGAGAAGGCCGACAAAACGUUGGAAAAGACUUUGAAGAAAGUGGAUGACAUUAUAAAGAUGGUUGAUAGGGAAGAUCCUACUAAAUACCCGAAACAAAUAGGUAUGGAGAUCGAGCAGGUUGCAAUACAGGUGAACAUGCUGCUGAGUGCGGGUAACGAAACGAUGGACAAGAUUAGAGGUUUGGUGCCGGAGGCGCAUAAACAAUUAAAGCUCCUUGAAGAUGCAGUGAUGUACGACUUGAAUGGCGUGCAAGAGCGACUGCUAACAGAAAUUGGUAAUUACGUUAAGGGUUACGUUGGAAAAAUUCAACAGGAGGUAAAGAAAAUUACGGACCCAUACACAGGACUGGAGGGUGUUAGGCAGCAUAUUGUAUAUGAGUAUACAGAGGCCUAUAAGAAUUUCGAUGGUGUGGUACAGCAGUGGAUCGUAGAAAUAUUGGAACAUAAUGUAUCUGUUAAAGACACGAUUUCCGAGUAUGUAAGAAUUGGCAACGUCAGGGGUAAAUUUAAUGAUGAAUGUAUAGAUACGGGGAAAAGAAUCAUCAAGCCGACAGCUUUUAAGCAAAUUGCAGAUGUGAUUAAGCAAAAGAUAAAAGAACUCGGAGUCGUAAUGGAGAAUGCCACCGUUGAUAUGGCUCAUAAAAACGAUAUUCAAGCGAACAUCACAGCUGUACACGAAUCUAUCUUCACCUUUACCAAGUUGCUUGAUCAGAAAUUUGAAACAAAAAAACCCACGUCCAGGACUAGAGAGAGUUUUGUCGCAGGCGUAGGCGCAGCGAUCGAACAUGCUGUAGUUGAUGGAGAUGUGAAAACGUUAUCUCAAAGUCACAUCACACCCGUCGUUACAGCCAUUUUAGAUGCGUUGUACACGAAAUCCAACCAGGCUCUCACUGAACUUUCAUCGUUAACCGGUGAGGAUAACGGCGACGAUAACAUAGGCAAGCACCUAGAUGCUGCACAAGGUGUAGCUGGAGAAAUAUUUGCGCAUCUCGGAACGGCAAUUGAGAGUGGAAGCCUCUCAACCUACAAAUCCGGCAAAACGAAAGCUGGUAUAUCAGACUACUACGUUGACAAGGACAUAUCUGAGGAGCUGGAGAAAGAGUUGCCGCAAGCACUGGAUGAGCGUGGAAGUGGUACAAAUAAAGUUAAGUUAACGAAGUUCACGUCGUCCUUCACCAAUGCAAGAAGAGAUGGCGCGGACAACACCAAGAAAAAAGCACUCGUGGACAAAAUCAACGAAAUCCAAACUAAGAUGGACGAAGCGCUUCAGCCAAUCGGCAAUUACAGCAUCUAUGCUGGAGACCAUCUACGGGAGAUUGGAAAUAAACUUAAUCGUCUAUGCGAGGAGAUACGGCAGGCAGCGGGAGAGGAUAACGCCGAAGGGGUAAGGAAGCGGUUGAAGGAGCUGAAGGAAAGGUAUUUCCUGAAAGCUGAUGAUUACUCAACAAAAGCUAAAGAAAGCAUUAGGAAAAUUCACUGUGACAUCAGCACUCUUCAAAGAAGCCUCGCGGACGGACCCAUUAACAAGAUCAGCGGUUUGGUUGCAUUCCUCACAAAAGCCGAAACAGACGUCGCCAAAGCGCUCAAAGAAGAGGUACACGGGGACAUCAAAAAUGCCGAAGACAAACUCACCACUUCUGCCCGCAAGCAGUAUGUUUGCGCUAUCAAAGAAUUGUUCACAUCGUUCGCUGAAAGGGUUAAGAAGGAUUUCCAAUCUCUGCCGAAUUCUCUAGAUCUUGAUUUGAAUGCGGGUCUCAAAGGGUUCAUGGGCAGAAUGGCAACUACAUUCAUUCCUAACGUUAAACCAAUUGAUGCUCUGCCCAACUCUGACUCUGUGUUAGCUACUCAGCGAGAAUCUGCCCUCAGUCAAGGCGCCGCAAUACUGAAUACAGCAGUUAACCUGUUUGUGCGUGCUCUGAGAGAACAAAAAGAAUUCAUGCCUGACUUAAAACUAAUCAAACCCGUGCACGACGCCUUGGACAACUUGCUUAGUGGCCUUGUAACUUCGCAGUGCUACGACCAUACAUUUAGCGAUAAUUUGAACGCGUUUAGACAUGCUUUCGAAGGAUUCAACCCAUCCAAAUUCGGUGAGCCUACGACUGUGCUCACUCAGGCACUCAAAGAGGGACUCAAUGGGCUGACCAAAGAGCUAGGUAAAGCCUAUGUGAAUCGGUACUCCGGACUGACGUACGAUGAGUCCGACGCAGCCAAAUAUGGCAAAGCGUUCCUGACGCUCCUUUGUAUCGUACACGAGGAUCUCGAUACAUUUAGUAGGCAGUGUAAGAGCAACGGCGCUUGGUAUGACAAGCAAUGCUGUGCGAAUGAGAAUCGCCAAGGCAAUCCAUUUGGGCAGUUCAUGGAGCGGUGUGGAUUUGACGUUGCAAGCAGUGAGACUUCGAAGGACGGUGAAUUAAAGCAUCCGUCUGUCAACUUUACGGGUAAACACAUCUACAAGAAACUACUUGAGAAGCAAUUCACAGACGCGGAGCGGAUUAAACAUCUCCAAAGUUGUGAGUCAAAUGAACACAAGAAACGUAAUAACUUCGAUCUGCUUGAUAUUACUCAGUGCCUGUUUCACCAUGCAGAGAAGUACAACGAGCUGUGUCACAUACCCACUGCGUCAUCAACCAAGGUGCCAAGCAGCAUAUACGAUAUGCUCAUAUGGUUUUGUAGUCUACCCUACAGUGCCGUCUAUCCAACGCUGUUACGUGACACUAUAAGCGACCUUGUUACUGACAAAUCUAAGCAAAAGCCACAGGCGCACGACGGGCUGGAGUUCACAUUCAUCGAUCCGGCGUCGCAAUCCCUAGCAGCCUACCCAGACAACAUACCGUACAGUGAAGUUGUCUCCGCACUCGCACAUCUUUGUUCCAAAUCCCACGACAUUCUCACCUGCAUCGUCGGCUACGGCGACGCAUACACCACCUACGGCAGCGACUAUUGCAAUAAUUCAUUUGGAUUUAAGUAUCCCUCCUCAGGGGAGGAUUGUUUGCAGAUGAUUACUGAUCUCCUUCGUCGGCUUCUCCAUUGUCUUCGGUAUCUGCAUAAACAGUGCGGCGUAACGGCCAAGCUCAACGGUUGGUCCGACUGCAUAUUCGGCAAGAACGUUAAGUCUGCCAAAUGGGAGUGCAAAGAUCACUCAACUGACGAACCUAAUUGCCAAGCAAACGACAAGGUAACGUGCCAACCAACUUGCCAAGCAAAAUCGCCCCUUCAGUCCUACCUAACUGAUUGCUUAUAUGGUCACUUGCCUCAUCAACUCACCAGUGUUGGAUGUAAAUCAACGUGUAAGUCAUGUCCUGGUGGCUCUCCCGGGAUGCCGUGUUUAACGCCUCUCGGGUUUAGGGCCUUUUCCGGCUCCACUCGCAAGGGUACGGACCUAUGCGAGGUGCUCGAUGCAUUCUUCUCUAACGAUUAUCUGUCAUCGCUGUUCACGCUAGCUCCGCGCCCGCCGGCAACGCUACCGGAGCAUAUCGGAUUUGCGUUGUCACUUGCAGCGGCGCUUAAUGAUCGGAAGCCAGUCACGAAGCCCGCUCAAGAAUCGUUCAGCGAUGCAUUCGAGAAGUCCAUCAAGGAAGCCACCAUCAGCCUUCAUGAUAAUCCCUCAAAUUAUACUGCCGCCGUUAAGAAUGCCUAUAAAAACACACAAAGUCACGACGGUCAUAGCCAUCCCCCAGCGACGGAGGCGGACGUAUACACGCUUAUGUUCCCAUCAACUUGUUUGCGUUCAAGCGACGACACGCUGUACUGCGCUCCAUACCUGUAUACCCUAGGCACGGAUACGCAUUAUUAUCUCGCCUACCAACAUUCAAAUCUCUAUCUGUCAUGGACGGUGUAUCUGCCCUGGACAUUUUAUUCAUACCUUAGAAGUCUACUUGAGGCCUUCAAAAAUGUUUCCUGCCAGGAAUGGGAGUGCAGCAGAUGUAUGCAUCGCGGAAAAUGCAAGAAGGGCCAGCAUGGUGUCGACUACAAUUGCCAGUGCAGAGGUAUAAUAGAGUGCCGUGGCGUAAGUAGCGCAUUCCAUAAAUACGGAUUCACAUUCGGCGACCCUGCAAUUCUGUCUGAGGUGGAAGGGAAACGAUAUUGCCACAACUUCUACAACCAACUCGUUAACGUCUUAAAAUCGAAUUGCUUUGCUAAGUUAUUUGAUAAAUGCGACGAAUUCCUGUGGAUCAUCCGACAACCGUUCACCUAUCUCGUCCUCGCGCUCUGGUCACUAUCCCUCUUGUACCUCAUCUGCGUAAUGGUUGGCAGACUGGAUGUGCUUCACAUACGCUCACACCUGAGAUCACCAUCAUCGCACAAGAUAACGGCGCAAUCAUUGUUGGCGGCAGCGCAAGUCGGAAGGCUUGCCAAGAUAUCGUAUCUACAACCGUAA